UAUUCUGUGAUUUUCGGUUUCUCUUCAUGUCAAAGUGACAUUUUACAAUGAAUCUCGACGAUAUUUUAUACAGUUUAGAUGCAUCUGGUUAUUUCGGUCACGUAAUAAGCACAGAAGAAAGUAUAAUACUUCACAAUUCCUUGAGAAUUUUACAAAACGAAAAUCAUUUUAAACACGUUUAUUUUUGGGGUAAGAUAUUUGGUGCUGAAAAAGAUUAUUACAUCGCUUAUGGAUAUCAAAAAGAUAUUUUGUAUGGAAAAAUUUUCUAUUAUAGUAGAAACUGUAUCAACUGGGGUUUGUUACCCAAACCGACCCAAAACGGUCUAAUGUUAACGCCUUUAUGCACGACAAAGUUCCAAGGUGAUCCUUCCAUAAUUAUAGACAUUCUGAUAGAAAAAGAUGAAACAUUGAUCAGUGGUAAAAGAAAACAACCGGAAAUAAGAAAGCUCAAAGAAGAAGACAGAUUAUCUUCUACGGUCUAUUUAAUAAUGGAUAAUGCGAGUGUUAUACCGAGAGGUGGUAUAUUCAGAUCACCAGAUGGAGUGGUAGUUAACAACUUAAGUUUCGAAGGAUUGCCAACUAUAGAAGCCAGAGAAUGGAAUUCUUUUCUACAUUUCCGCGUUCCUACUAGAAAACAAAAUACGAAUCUAUUAACUAAAGAUGAUUAUAACUACGCCACUGAUUUUUUGGAUCCUAUAGACAUCGAUAUUCCAGAAGGUUGUUGGAUGAUUCAUAUUACACAGAAUGAGGAAAUGGUUGUAUUGAAAUCAAUGUACUGGCCAGGUUUGGUGUUUUUUCAUAAGUUGAGAACACCGAAGCACGGUUUUUUAUAUUUCGGACACGGCAAAAAUUGUUUAGACGUUCCAUUUAUGCUUAGUCCUUAUUUUGUUUAG